CGAUACUUCGAUACUACUACCCUACUCUGCGCCAUUUUAUCUGAAAAUUUUUUCGCAAGACUCAGAUUAAAGUUGUUUGCGCGGAUUAAGAAUGUAAAUAAUUGAAAAUUGUGCAUACGGACGAGGCAAACCAAAAGCAAUUAAUCUGUUAAUUGCAGCGGGCGAGUGCCUAAAUUGGUAGAUUAGGAGAAGCGCGCCGGUUGUCGGCGACUGUACGAGGCGCGUGUGGGAGUGCGACAAAGACGAAGCGAUUGCCAGGGUAUCUGUGUGUGUGCGAAAGUGGAAAAGUUUUAAAAUAUUAGUUUUACUUGAAAGCGGUAUAAUUGUUUGCGGCUCAUCAUGGCCGACGUGGUCUUGGACUUGUACGCCGAGGACCUGGACAAGGACUUUGCCGGCCAGGCUCAGGACGAAUUUGGCGGCGAUGGCGUCGACUUGUACGAUGACAUAGGCGGUCCCACGGAGGCAGCCGCUGCAGGAGGUGGGGGUGGCGGUACGCCUUCAACGGACGGAGCUGCCGGACCCGGCGCGGGAGAAUCGGCUGCAGGCGGAACAGGCGGUCCUAAUGGAGUGUACCACCAGACCGGCGGUAACCUCACUCCGACCAUGAACCGCCGCUACCAGUUAUACGUGGGAAACCUCACCUGGUGGACCACAGAUCAGGAUAUAGCGAAUGCUCUGCGCGACAUCGGCGUUAAUGACCUACAGGAGGUGAAGUUCUUCGAGAACCGGGCCAAUGGCCAAUCAAAGGGAUUCAGUGUCAUCUCGCUAGGAUCGGAGUCCAGUCUUCGCUCGGUUUUGGACCAACUGCCCAAGGUGGAGAUGCACGGCCAGGCGCCAGUGGUCACGUAUCCCAGCAAGCAGGCGUUAACCCAGUUCGAGAGUCUGCAAAAGACGCGCCCCGUGCCGCCGCCGCAGCAGAAUGGACCGCCCAGGGGUCCCGCUCCACCCAACAUGAGCGGUGGCCCCAUGGCCUCGCAUCCGGGAGGACCUCAGGGCGGUGGGCCGCCGGGACAUCCGCCAAGGAACAUGCAACCCAUCAUGCAGCCGGGCCAGUACCGGCCCCAGCACAUGUCGCAAGUGCCCCAGGUGGGUGGUCCCAAUUCGGGGCCGCCGCGCAUGCAGCCGCCGAUGCAUCCGCAAGGCGGGCUUAUGGGCAACCAACAGCCACCCCCUCGGUAUCCGUCAGCACAAGGCCAAUGGCCGGGUCAGAGGCCAGGUGGACCGCGACCCGGUCCGCCCAACGGACCGCCGCAGCGCCCAAUGUUCCAAGGAGCACCCAUGGGUAUGCCGGUUAGGGGUCCACCGGGACCCGACUGGCGCCGUCCACCCAUGCACGGCGGUUUCCCGCCGCAGGGUCCACCACGAGGUCUUCCACCAGCACCUGGUCCCGGAGGACCGCACGGUGCACCUGCCCCGCACGUUAAUCCGGCCUUCUUCAACCAACCUGGCGGACCCGCUCAGCAUCCGGGUAUGGGCGGACCGCCUCAUGGCGCACCCGGCCCGCAACCCGGUAUGGCCAUGCCUCCCCAACAAGGCAUGAACAUGCCGCCGCAGCACGGGCCACCACCGCAGUUUGCCCAGCAUGGACCUCGUGGUCCGUGGCCACCACAGCAGGGCAAGCCUCCGGGCCCCUUUCCCGAUCCGCAGCAAAUGGGUCCCCAGCUAACCGAGGUGGAGUUUGAGGAGGUGAUGAGUAGAAAUCGCACAGUCAGCAGUUCGGCGAUUGCCAGAGCUGUUUCCGACGCGGCCGCCGGCGAAUAUUCGAGCGCCAUCGAGACCCUGGUCACGGCGAUUUCGUUAAUAAAACAGUCCAAGGUUGCACAUGACGAGCGCUGCAAGAUACUAAUCAGCUCGCUCCAGGACACUCUGCACGGCAUCGAAGCCAAGAGCUACAAUAGGCGCGAAAGGUCGCGGUCAAGGGAGCGGUCGCAUCGCAGCCGCCAGCGUCGAGAACGCUCCACCUCCCGGUACCGCGAACGGUCUCGCGACCGGGAGCGCGAACGUGAACGCGAGCGUGAGCGGGAUGGCGGAUAUCGGGAGCGUUCGCGCAGUAGAGAACGAGAGCGCCAGGCACAAGACCACUACAGGGAUGACAGUCGCUCUGCACGUCCUCGAAAGUCGCCAGAGCCCGUAGUGGCCGAGGGCGCGGAGCCACCGUCAUCAAAGCGCUAUUAUGAGGACCGUGAGCGCUAUCGAUCCUCGGACCGGGAACGGCGCGAUCGUGAUCGGGACCGUGAGCGCGAGCGUGAACGGGACCGGGAUAGGCGUGAGGAGCACCGCUCCCGGCAUUGACUGCCCUUAGGAGGAGGAGGUGUAGAAGCGCCACUGGACCGGUAAUCGAAGCAGAAGCCGAAAUGAAAGUAAAAUGCAACAGAGAUAUACUACACACACUUUAUUAACAAAUAAGCCACAGCUUGAUGGGGUCGCGAAUUAUCCCCAGAUUAACAAAUUUUCGAUUUGUAUCUAACAUUACCAAUACGUAGGAUAUGAAUAUGGCAUACAGCAUACAGCAUAGUUCUCCUAGACAUACUAAAAUAAGCCGAAAUGCUGACAAGUCCACAGUCGACGGAUACACGGUCGCUGCUUCAACUCCAACUCCUUGACUCAUCAUCCCAGCAGCUAAACCUCGAGAAGACCAAAGGCAUCCGGAGCAAGCGAUUGGGAUGGACUAGAGGAGGCGAUGGCUGUCGGCGUGGGACAUUUUCGACACAGAUGGGCACUGGGCCAUCAACCAAUAGAUAACUACCAAUCCUGCACCGCCGUCUUCGCAGCAGAAUUUCAAUAUUAUUGUACUUUAAUAUUUCGGUUUAUUUAAUAAAAAAUAACGUAUGAAAAAGAAUUGUUCGAAAAAAAAAAACAAAAGAAAAACAAAUUCUACCAAAACUGUCUUGUAUUGUGUGUCUUAUUGUACUCUACUAUAAAAACAAACAAAAUCUUAUUAGUUAAUGAAUUUAUAAUUGUACAAAAAAUUGUAUGUAAAAAUUGAACAAAAAACAAACCAAUUUACUGCGGUGUGCAGUUAAUAUUGAAAUUGUUAUAUUAACAAAGUCAGUACGCCGCCUGAGGCCGAAAACCGAUAGCCCUAAUGUAUUUUCAAAGAUCGAGACUCUUUUGUUGUAAACAUUCUUCAUGCA